AAUAACUUCCUUGACGGUAACCUGUUGAACUGGCAUGAUGGUGAGUGGCUGUGGACUGCUCACGACCAAUAAGGAACCAGUUCCUCUGAAGAGCGUGGAGGUGGAGGUGGAGGUGACGGACCAUGUGGCUACAGUGGUCUCCACUCUGAACUAUGAGAACAAGGAGGACAAACCACUGGAGGCAGUUUUUGUCUUCCCUCUGCCUGGAGAUGCUGCUGUCUGUCAUUUCAGUGCUAAGAUUGGACAGACAGAGAUUGUAGCUGAGGUGAAGGAGAAACAGGAGGCUCGUGAGGAGUAUGAUGAUGCACUGAGCUCCGGUCGGCAGGCCUUCCUGUUGGAGGAGAGUGAUCAGAGUCCAGAUAUAUUCUCUAUGAGUGUGGGCAGUCUGCCUCCAGGAGAGAGCGCCUCCAUCAGGCUGGAGUACGUCACUGAGCUGGCUGUGCAGGCUGAUGAAGGCCUCAGGUUUUGUCUGCCCGCUGUGCUCAACCCUCGCUACCAACCUAGAGGGAGUGGAGGUAAUGUAGGUGGCACUGUCCAGGUGACCUCUGUUCCAGCCUCUCUGGUGCCCUACAGUCUGUCUUUCUCUGCCAGAGUGUCCUCUGCUUGUCCAGUCUCUAAAGUAGAGUCCAACUGUCCCCUUGACCCUCUCCAGUACCUCAACACAGAGCAAACCCAGGCCACGGUGAAGUUGUCUGCAGGACACAAGUUUGACAGAGAUGUUGAACUGCUGAUUUAUUACAAAGAUGCUCACCAGCCCACUGCUGUGGUGGAGGCAGGACAGGCCUCUGCCAAACCUGGCACUCUGAUGGGUGAUCCAGUAGUGAUGCUGAGUCUGUACCCUGAGUUCCCCCAGGCUGUGAUGUCUUCAGUCGCCUCAUGUGGAGAGUUUGUGUUCUUACUGGAUCGAUCUGGUAGUAUGGCUGGGGCACGUAUGAAGAGUGCCAGGGAUACUCUGCUGCUCCUGUUGAAGAGUUUACCAAUGGGCUGCUAUUUCAACAUCAUCAGUUUUGGGUCCAGAUAUGAACACAUCUUCCCUAAGAGUGUGGAGUACAGCCAGCAGACCAUGGAGGAGGCUCUGAAGAAAGUUGAGGAGAUGAAGGCUAAUCUGGGAGGAACAAAGAUCCUUGAUCCCCUCAAACACAUUUACAGCCAGAGCUGUAUUCCCAAUCAACCUAGACAACUAUUUGUCUUUACUGACGGAGAGGUGGGGAACACCAAAGAAGUUAUCAAUCAGGUGAAGAAGAAUUCAGGUUCCCACAGGUGUUUCUCUUUUGGGAUUGGGGAAGGGGCCAGCUCUGCUCUCAUCAACGGGUUGGCCAAGGAAGGAGGAGGUCACGCUCAGUUCAUCACAGGGACUGACAGGAUGCAACCCAAAGUGAUGCAGUCGCUGCGAUUUGCUCUACAACCAGCUGUGGUCGACAUCUCAGUCAAGUGGGAUUUACCAGAGGGAGUCUCUGUCACUGAUCUCUCUCCACCAAUCACAGCUCUUUUCCAGGGUCAAAGGUCACUGGUUUAUGCCCAGCUCAUUGGACAGAGUUCAGAGGCAGCAGAGGGCUGUGUGACGGUGAAGUACAGCCUGGCAGGUCAACCCUCUCAGAAUCAGCUCCGCUUCAGUCUCAAACCUGCAGAGGACACUGGAUUAACAGUCCACAGGUUGGCUGCUCGGACUCUGAUUCGCUCCCUGGAGAUGGAGGAGAAGGAGCACAGAGGGGAGGGAGAUGGAGGAGUGAAGAAGAAGAAGGUGGUGGAGCUCAGUGUCCAAUCAGGAGUGAGCAGUGCCUUCACUGCCUUCAUUGCUGUCAACAAAGGUGACGGCGAGGCGAUCCAAGGACCUCUGGUGCGCAGAAAUGUCCCAACAUCCACAGUGGAGAACAUGUCAUACCAGAUGAGGAGAGGUGCACCACCACCUUCUAGUCGCAAUGCUGGAUAUUAUGAAUGCAGUCUGGUAUCUUGCAGUUUGGAUCUGGAUGACUGUAAUGAGGAAGUGAGCCGUCGUGUUCCCUGUUCCAUGCCAUCUGGACUGAAGAACAUGUCAUACGAGAAGAGGGGAGGUGCACAGAAACCACCCUCUAGUCGCAGUGCUGAAGAUUCGAUGAUGGACUCUAGAAUGCUACGCCGUGCUCCAAAGUCCUUUGGUGGUUUCAAGAAAUUGAAGAACAUGUUAAACAAGAAGAGGGGAGGUGCACAGAAACCACCUUCUAGUCUCAAUGCUGAAGAUUAUGAUUGCAGUGCGGUACCUUGCAGUUUGGAUCUGGAUGACUGUAAUGAGGAAGAUCACUCCUUACCUGAGAGAAGCAGCAUUGACCCCAAGCAGCCUCCCAGAGACCCUCUGCUGCAGCUGGUCUCCCUCCAGAAGGCGUCUGGCUGCUGGGUGCUGGAUCCAGCUCUGGCUGCUGCACUGGGAAAGACCAGCGAGGAGGUGGAAAAGCCCAAACCUGCUUCGCAGGUGAAGCAGGAUGUGUGGGCCACCAUUCUGGCUCUGAUCUGGCUUCAUGGUUUCAAGAUGGAUGCUCAGGAAGAGUGGGAGCUUCUGGCUAUGAAGGCUGUGUCAUGGCUCCAUGCUCAAAAUGCAUCAUGUGUGACAGAGUGUGUGGAAGCAGGAAAUACUCUGUUGGGCUGUAAGGUGCAGAAAGACGUCCUGGGGCUCUGAGGUUUUCAUUGAAGUGGAUUCUCCUCAGGAUUAACAUACAAGAGAUUUAAUGCAUCCUACAAGCUUUGCAUUGUCAAUAAUCACCAUACUAUCUCCUUAGUAACAAUAAAAUACCCUUCUUUUGUUUUACAUUUUCAUUUGGUGUUUCCCCUUGUCCUUAUGUUUACUGGUCUUUGAAAUGUAUACCAAUUUUGUCCUAACUUUGUAAAAGU